UUGGGUCUUCUACUUAUGGCUCCAGCAUCUCAUGUGGUUCUCUUUCAUGUCCCUUGGUUCUCUUUUCCUAAUUGCAGCUUGGCAAUGCAAAGGACAUUAGAGGAUGAAGAGGAGCAGGAGCGAGAACGACGUCGGAGGCACCGAAACCUGAGUUCUACUACAGAUGAUGAAGCCCCCAAAGUAACCCACAAUGGAGACCAGCCAGCAGUGGAAAGGCUCCCAAGCCUGGAGGAAGCUGAGGCCCCCAAGCUUCAUUCCUCUGUCAAAGAUGAAGAGGAUGAGAAUUUCCAGGCAGUUCUAAGAACGAGACAGGAACGGAGGCUGCGGCGACAGGCCUUGGAGACUUCCCAGUCCCCCAUCAAGGAACAGUUAGAAGUAGAAGAGAAAAAAGAGAGCCAGGGUGCAGUGUGGGUCACACAGCAGCCCCCAGUGCCCCAGAAGGAGAUAGUUCCUCCACCUAGACGAAGAUUAAGCCAGAAGCAGAGAGGACCCUGGGCCAGAGAUGAGAAGAGUCUGGAGGGAAGAGAGACAAAGGAGGAGAAGACACUGGAUCAAAGGACAGUUUCAGCCCCAGAAAGGACACCAGUCCAGGAUCAGUCAGCCUCAGAGAAAAAAAUAGCUUCAGAGAAGACACCAGUCCAGGAUCAGACAGUCCCAGAGAAGAAAUUAGCUUCAGAGAAGACACCAGUCCAGGAUCAGACAGUCCCAGAGAAGAAAUUAGCUUCAGAGAAGACACCAGUCCAGGAUCAGACAGUCCCAGAGAAGAAAUUAGCUUUAGGGAAGACACCAGCUUCUGAGAAGGUAUCAGUCCUAGAAAAGACAUUGACCCCUGAGGAAACAUUGGCCCCAAAGAAGUCAUUAGCUGGGGAAAAGCCGAUGAUUUCAGUGAAGACAUCAGGCCAAGAGAAGGCAUUAGUUUUAGAAAAGGUAUCUGCUUCUGAGGAAUCCUUGACCCCAAAGAAGGUGUCAGCUCGGGAGAGGGCACUGGCUUUUGAGAGGGCAUCAGCUCAGGAGAAAACACUGAACCCAGAGAAGGGGGAAAAGGGAUCGACUCGGGAAAAAGUACUGACCUUAGAGAAGAAUUCAGCUCAGGUAAAAGCAACAGCUUCAAAGAAGCUGAGCCUGGAACAGGCCCCAGUUCAGGCUCAAGAGCAGAAGGACUCUGAGAAAGGUGUGCCAGAAAAAAAGGAACCACAAAUAAAGGAGACCUCAAAGAAGUCACCCUCCUCGGAGGGACCUGGAGAGGAGAAGAAGUCAGAACCUCAGGUAGUGGCUUCUCGCUUCAGGCCCUUCACUCUUCAGGUAAAGAUUCCAAGCAAAGAGGCAGAAACAGAAUUGGCCUCUCCAACCCAAAUCUCCUACAGCAGUUCCCUCAGACGCUCCAGCCCCAGGACCAUCUCCUUUCGGAUGAGCCCUAGGAAAGAAAACCCAGAGACAACGUUUACUCGUAGUGCCAGUGUGAGGCUCCCAAGCAAUACAGUCAAAUUAGGGGAGAAGUUGGAGAGAUACCACACAGCUAUACAGAGGUCAGAAUCUGUUAAGUGUCCAGGCUCUUCCAGGACUGAGUUCUUUGUGGCUCCUGUUGGGGUGGCCAGUAAGCGGAGCCUCUUUGAGAAAGAGCAAGUCAGGAACAGUAGGGCUGAGCCUCCUCUGAGCAGAAAGGAGGACCUGAGACUCUCAGGGGUGGUGACCUCACGGCUCAACCUAUGGAUCAGCAGAAGCCAGGAUGCUGGAGGAGACCAGGACUCCCAGGACGUAAGGAAGGAGGCAACAUCUACUAAGAGGACCUCGUGGGGAAAGCAAGCCACCUCUCCCACAGAUUCCUAGGUAUGACAAGACGUACCCAGAUGGGAAGGGCUGGAUCUGCAGCCUACAUGACAGGCCUGGGUGUUUGGUCAAUGCUGUUCUUACUUCUCACUGCUCCUCUGUGAAGUUUCCCUUCUAGCCCCUGAAAGCUGGGACUGACUGGGCCUCAGACCAUGGAGCACCUAAGAACACCAGAGAGAAAUAUCACUGUCAAAAGGGGUGAAAAGGGAGAAAGAGCUGGGCACUCCUGCUGAACUUCACCCAGAUCCUUCUUUGCUGAAACCAUCGGUCCCAGGAAUACCUUGGCAUCUUUACAUCUUACUAUAGGCACUCUCCUACCAUUGAGGACUCUGGACAGGCACCAAAGGCUCUGUCACUCCACUCAAACCUCUUUCAGCUUAGCAAGGAGCAGGGAUUGAAUCCUGUUCAUUGUGGGGGCCCCUUGGAGGGACUAGAUAAUAGCCAGAACAGUCCUAACAGGGAUUAGAUGAAUUGUGGCAUCUUUAGAAUUCUGUCUUAAAAUGAUUCUCUCAGUCCUGGCUCAUCACUAAUGUACCUAGCAGGGUUCUCCCCCUACAAGGAUUGAAUCCUCGAUAUUGCCUCUCACCUCUGAUGUUUUUCCCUACCCAUAGUCCCCAUCAAUGACCCUCCCCUUUUCCCUCACUGGCUCCAAAGACCAGACAUUUUGUUCACUUUUAUCUACCCAGGACCAAAUGGCAAGCAGGGAAAUGUUGUCUUUGAUAUGCCUAGACCUUCAGCUCCCUUUUAAGGUGGCCACUCUCCUUCGGCUCUUUCUCUAAUCUCCCCUACCCAAAUCUAUUUUUAGGAAAGGACAUGAUAAAUAACAUUAUAUGAAGCUAUAACAGACUGAUAACAACUUAAACUCUUUGGUUUUAAAUAGUUCCAAAGCCUUAAACUAUGAUGAUGAAACCAGGGGUGGAAUCCUUAUCAGUACCCUUGAUAAUGUCACCAUUUGGGGGCAUGCAGGUGACUUGGUAGAUUGAGAACUAGGCUUAGGGGUGGGAGAUUCUGGGUACAAAUGUGACCUCAGACAUUUCCUAGCUGUGUUAUCUUGGGCAAGUUGCUUAGCCUCCAUUGCCUAGCCCUUACCAGUGUUUUCCCUUGCAACCAAUACACAGUACUGAUUCUAAGACAGAAGGUAAGGGGUUUUAUUUUUUAAAGGAAAAAGAAAAAAGAGAAAGAGAAAGAUAAAAAGAAAGGAGGGAGAGAGGGAGGAAGGAAGGAAGGAAGGAAGGAAGGAAGGAAGGAAGGAAGGAAUGAAGGAAGGAAGGAAGGAAGGAAGGAAGGAAGGAAGGAAGGAAGGAAGGAAGGAAGGAAGGAAGGAAGGGAGAAAGAAAGAAAUUGGCACCCAUUUCCAGUUCUCUUUUUAGUCAAAUGUUGGCUGGGUCCCUUAGAGGCCAGAGUCAUCCUGGAAGGUCACCCAUGCCUGAUGAAAAUACAAAGUGGAUGUUAUUUAAUGUCAAGGCCCUAUGACCUUAGUGAUGCUUGUCCACAUGGUAGAUUCACUAGGGUUGGUGUUCACUGCCAACCAACCAACUCCCUUUAACCUGAUAAUUAACCCCUGUGUGCUCAAGGAAUGAAAAAAUGUUUAGAAGUCUCAUUUCAACUGCCACUUUACAGUUUUCUACCAAUCCAUGGCACAUUCCACAUUCUUCGGUUUAUCCAUUAUUUUAGAUUAUUCAUGUUCAUGUUCCUUUCUCUCUGUGGAAAAUCAAGAGUUAACUAAUGACUGUUGUAUGCCUUGAGGGUGGCUGUAUUGGCACAGUGUUCACUCUGGGUUCAGAUAACUGGCCAGGAUCCUAUGUGACUCUUGGGAGUGGCUCAGAGACCUGGAGGAACAUUAUUAACUAUGUGACAGAGAUUGUGGUAAGCAGGGGGAGAACUGAGCCACCUUCAAUCACUCGGUGUACCAGUAGAUAUUUCUUUAGUGCUCAUUGUAUGCCAGCACUGUCUGUGGUGUGGGAGAAGGGAGUUUAUUUAGACCUAGAGGGGUUCCUGUCUGACUGGAUUAUUUCUCUACUUCAGCCUCAGAAUGGACCUGGAAUAGUGGGGACCUUCUGAACUCUCCCCGCCUCAAGUCAGGAUGCAGCUAGGGACUUGAGGGAGAUCAGAGAACCUCUAUUUAGAACUAGACAGGACCUUAGCAGUCACCUAGUCCCUAACUCCCUCAUUUUGUAGAUAUGGAAAAUGAACCAAAGAGACUGUGACUUCCCCAAACCCAGCAUCCUCAUUCCAUUGCACCAUAUUGCAAUGUGGUGAAAGUUCCGGCCUUCAGCUGGCUUCCAAGGCCCAGGUUAGAUGUUCACAGGUCUCUGACCUAUUGACACAAGUGCACAGAGCCCUGAGCUAGGAAUGGGAACACUUACAAAGACAGAUAAGAUCUGCUCCUGCCCUCAAAGAGCCUUUCCUCUAAGAGGAGGAGGUAAGGCAUGUACACAUAUAAAUAUAAAGAAAAUUAGAAUAUGAUAACUGUGUAAGAGGACUACAAAGUGCCCUGAAGUAAGAGGAAAGAGACCUUUUUCAAUUGGGAGAUCAGGGAAGUUUUUGUGGAGGAGAUGGUAUUUGAAGUGGACUUCAAGCUUGAGCUGGUCUCAUGAUCCCUAAGCAUUCUGUUCUGCAUCCUUCUUGGCCCUCACUUGGCAGACUUUGAUGGAAACUGCCCUGUUCCUUCUAGGCAUCCCAGAAUUCCUCUUAGAGUGUCUUUUCAGUGCUGAAAUAAAAUUGUUUCUGGCUCCACA